AAAGCUUAUUCGGGAGUUUAGAUGAUCUUCGCACAUGCUUAGAUUUAGCACAAAGAUGGGUUUGGUUGCUAUGGUAAUAUUGCGUUUAAAAUAGGGCGCUACCUGUAGCAUGAAGCUAGUUUAUUUCAGCGAGUUUGUGGCAGUAGACGCCCACGUUAAGUCAAAUGUGGUUGAAAGUGAUUAGCCCUCAAAAGAGAGUUUUAGUGUUCUUUUCUUAGUGCAAAGCGACACAAUGAGCUAUAUGCACUCUGUCGACCGCGGGUAACAGCACCCUAAUUUUAGCGUUGUAAGUCCAUGAACUUACUGCUGACUUACCGGAAGAUCCAAAAGAGAACUUUUUCUUCCUCAGACUAAAUUAAAGUAUAACGUAAUGUCUAGAAAACUGUGCAUUAGUAACUUUACUAAGCUUCACCCUCAUGGUAGCUUUUCCUUCCGUCUUACUGUCAGCAUGGUUACGUUGUCCCGGAUGGAACAUUUGGACACAAGGGGAUAAAACUAUCAAGAUGUCAAAUGAUCAGCCGACCACUAACGUAGAAAGCGUUAGAGCUAUGACUACUGACGAUUUUGAAUACCCGCGCCGACAGAAGUGGACCGAACAAGUGUACAUCGUGGGCAAACACUACAACAACCCACUUCCACCUGUUGCCGAAGAAGACACCUGUAGACAAGUAAAAACCGAAACUGGAAGUCGAGGGCCUUCUAACUCGUCUCGGAUAUUUUCCGCUUCUGGAACAAUGAACACCAGCAACGUUAGUGAAGAUAAGUGUGAACGGCUGAGAAACGAAACUGGAAGUCGAGGACCUUCUACCUUGUCUCGGAUAUUUCACAUAUCAAGUAUGAUAGACAACGAGCCGUUAACUACGACCAACAAAUUCAAAGGUCUUCUGGCGACAGAGAAAUUGAAAGUUCUUCCACCGGUAUCUGAAAAGCUUUCUCAUGUUGAACCCAAACCUUCAGCGAAAAGUCGCCUCCGGAAACAACGCAGCACAUUUGAUUUGAAGAACGACCUAGCCCUAAUAUCUGAAGUACCAUACGAGAAGGAAGCGAAUAAAGACGAAGAAAACCUAUUUAAGAAAUUAGGAGAUUCUCUAGCUUUCUGUGAUUGUAUAGAACUGAAUCAAAAUAACGCAGCUAAAGCAAUCACAGUCAUUGUUCUGGUACUUACUUUAGUACUGGUUAUAACUGUAGUAAUACAGUUUUUAAAAUGAUGUUGUAAACAGUCGGCCACAAGGUGGUUUAAACCGUAAAAAAAAGAAACGUAUUUGUCAAAUCGAAACAGAGUUUUGAUAAGAAUAAAGAAAAAAAAAACAUCUGCUAGAUACUCCUGACCGAAAAGUAAAUUUGUUGUCAGUAUAUCACAAUAUGUCAUUGUGUGCUGCAUUUGCUAAAUCAUUUUAUUGAAGCCUGUAUGUUUAGAUUUAUUUUUAUUGCUCAAGAUAUUAGUCUCAUAACACCUUUCUACUCUUUUUUUAAAAAAAAACAAUCUUCAGUUAUUCUUUGAGAGAUAUUUUUAAACUAGCUCUCAUUGUCAUAUUUUCAUAAUACAUUCUCGGAAAUCAAUCACUAUUUAAUUACGUUUUUGCUCCUAAUUAUAAUAUCCCAUAUUUAAUUUCCUGUUACUAGAUCUAAGAUCUUGGCUGUGAUUAUAUUAUUCUAAAAGUGACACAAGUUACUUUGAAUGAGCACUAUAUAAUAUUCAUUGAAACGUGACACUAAUCAUAAAAUUCAUGUGAGUACCGAAAGUGAACGUUCAGUAACCGUGAUAUGUGUGUUAUGCCGAGACUGAUAACCUUUCAGGUGCAUGAUAUAAUAAUUAUAUGCUUUUGAGUGUUUUUGUGUACAUUAUACUAAAAACAGAUUAUAACUGAGUAUUCACAUGAAUAAAAUUC